AUGAGAGCUGAACCAUUCUCCAUAGUUGAUCGUGUCACAAAAAUCGGUCUUAUCUGUCUGAAUUCUCGCUUCAACGGUCUGGAGAACUUAUUUGAAGUAUUAUUUUGCAGAGCCUCAAUUUCUAUCUUCGUCGAUGGAUUUGCAAACAUUAUAUAUGAUAGUCCUUUAAGGGACUCUCAUACUCCAAACUUUGUUAGUGGGGAUUUCGAUUCUAUCAGGCCUGAAGUGAAGUCUUUUUACAAGAAACAAAAAACAACCAAGGUUAUAGAAACCCCAGAUCAAGAUGCAUCAGACUUUACAAAGGCUAUUGCGGUUUUGCUUGAGAAUAUUGGCGAGCACUGCAAAGAAUCUUCCACGGACCGUUCACUCCGAAAACCGGACAUUGAUUACAUAGUCGGCCUUUAUGGCAGUGGUGGCCGAGCAGAUCACGAAUUUGGCAUAGUAAACUCACUUUUUAUCGCCAAGGGGCUAACGAACAUCCCUCUCCUCCUUGUGACAGAAUCCUCUAUUUCCUGUUUGCUUGAUGAAGGAUUCAACGAAAUACACCUUUCCAACUGUCCUACAAAUCUCCACUGUGGCCUCAUUCCGAUAGGCGGGCCAGUUAGAGUAACCUCCAAGGGACUUCGUUGGAACCUAGACAACGAUAUCCUCGAUUUUGGAAAGCUCGUCUCAACUUCGAAUCAGACUAUCGACACCAAAGUGGAGGUGGUGUCCGACGGCCUGCUACUGUGGUCCAUGUCCAACUGCUUAACUGGAAUGCUUUAG